AUGGAUAACGCCAGCGCUCCCCAGCAUACGCAGAUCCAAGAGCACACCGAAGGCACCACCUUUGAGGCAAUUCACCCCAACCGCAACCAUACUCACCGUGAUGAUGCCAGCGUCAGGACUGCGUCCAUUACCGACAGCACCGCGCGCAAUUCGGCAAACAACGAAAAGGGUUUCAGCAAUGUUACGGGUGGGGUCGACAUCCAACGUGCCGAGGCUGACUUUGCCGAACUAUCAAAAGAGCUCUCCCGUGCUAGCAACAUCUCGCGCCGAUUGAGUCGCGUACAGAGCAAGCAGAGUCGCAAAGGCGACGUCGUCACAGACGUAGAAAAGGCCACUGUUGAGGGUUCCGAGUCCUCGGAUGAGCCUUUCGAUCUUGAAGCCACUCUGCGUGGUGGUAAAGAUGAGGAAGAGGCAGCAGGCAUCAAGUCGAAGCGCAUUGGUGUUGUAUGGGACGGUCUCACCGUUAGCGGUAUCGGUGGUGUAAAGAACUACGUCAAGACCUUCCCAGAUGCCUUCGUAUCAUUCUUCAAUGUCUUCGAAACUGCCGCCAGCAUCCUCGGCCUCGGCAAGAAGGGUAAAGAGUUCGACAUCCUAAAAGACUUCAAGGGUGUUGUUAAGCCUGGCGAGAUGGUGCUGGUUCUAGGCAAGCCAGGAAGUGGAUGUACUACAUUCCUCAAGGUCAUCAGCAACCAGCGAUACGGAUACACAAAGGUAGAUGGAAACGUAUUAUACGGUCCAUUCGAUGCAGACUUCUUUGAGAAGAGGUAUCGAGGAGAGGCCGUAUACUGCGAGGAGGACGAGAACCACCACCCUACCCUCACCGUUGGACAAACACUUGAUUUUGCGCUAGAGACCAAGGUACCAGGAAAGCGUCCGGCCGGACUCUCCCGACAAGACUUCAAGGAGAAGGUCAUUGACCUCAUGCUCAAAAUGUUCAAUAUCGAGCACACCCGCAACACCAUUGUCGGCAACCCCUUCGUCCGUGGUGUCAGUGGAGGAGAGAGGAAGCGUGUUUCGAUUGCCGAGACCAUGAUCACUGGUGCUUCCCUGAUGAGCUGGGACAACUCCACAAGAGGAUUGGAUGCCUCGACUGCUGUCGACUAUGCGCGUUCGCUUAGGGUCCUGACAAACAUCUACAAGACCACAACUUUUGUAUCCCUCUACCAGGCUUCUGAGAACAUCUACAAGUGCUUCGACAAAGUCAUGGUCAUCGACAGUGGACGACAAGCAUACUUUGGACCUGCCCAAGAAGCUCGCGCGUAUUUCGAGGGUCUCGGCUUCUUGGAGAAGCCCCGUCAGACAACCCCCGACUACCUCACUGGUUGCACAGAUCCUUUUGAGCGCGAGUUCAAGCCCGGCAUGAGCGAGAAGGAUGUUCCUUCUACCCCUGAAGCGCUUGCUGAAGCUUUCAAGCAAUCCGAGACCGCGGCUAGGCUCGAUGCCGAAAUGGUAGCCUACAAGGCACAGAUGGAUCAGGAGAAGCACGUCUACGAUGACUUCCAGCUUGCCGUCAAGGAAUCAAAACGCCACGCACCCCAGAAGUCCGUUUACUCGAUUCCGUUCUAUCUCCAGGUCUGGGCUUUGGCCAAGCGCCAGUUCUUGCUCAAAUGGCAGGACAAGUUCGCCCUUGUUGUCUCUUGGAUUACUUCCAUCUCUAUUGCUAUCAUCACCGGUACCGUCUGGCUCGACCUUCCUGAUACCUCCGCAGGUGCUUUCACCCGUGGUGGUGUGCUCUUCAUUGCUCUCCUCUUCAACGCUUUCCAGGCUUUCUCCGAAUUGGCAUCCACUAUGUUAGGCAGACCCAUUAUUAACAAACAUCGCGCCUUUACAUUCCACCGACCGUCAGCCCUUUGGAUAGCACAGAUUGGUGUUGAUCUACUGUUUGCAUCCGUGCAGAUUCUAGUCUUCUCCAUCAUUGUGUACUUUAUGACGAAUCUGGUCCGAGAUGCUGGAGCUUUCUUCACAUUCGCAUUGGUCAUCAUUACUGGUUAUCUGGCUAUGACACUGUUCUUCCGAACGGUUGGAUGUCUUUGUCCAGACUUCGAUGUUGCAAUCCGUCUAGCUGCUACGAUCAUAACACUAUUCGUACUCACCUCCGGUUAUCUUAUCCAGUGGCAGUCCGAGCAAGUCUGGCUUCGGUGGAUCUUCUACAUCAACGCUUUAGGAUUGGGAUUCUCUGCUCUCAUGAUGAACGAGUUUAGCCGCCUGGAUUUGACUUGUGCCGGUAGUUCUCUGGUUCCUUCUGGACCCGGCUACGACAACCUUGACGCCCAGGUUUGCACUCUGCCUGGUAGUGAAGCUGGUAACCCCAUCGUAUCUGGUACCAAUUACAUCAAGACAUCCUUCUCAUGGGAUCCUUCAGACCUCUGGAUGCACUAUGGUAUCAUGGUCGCCCUCAUCGUCGGAUUUCUUCUCGCCAACGCCUUCCUCGGAGAGUUCGUCAAGUGGGGUGCUGGUGGACGUACCGUCACCUUCUUCGUUAAGGAGAACAAGGAACUCAAGGAACUGAAUGCCAAGUUGCAAGAGAAGCGCGACAAGCGUAACCGCAAGGAAGACAGCAGCGACCAGGGCUCGGACCUCAACAUUGCUUCUAAGGCUGUUCUCACUUGGGAGGAUCUUUGCUACGACGUUCCUGUCCCUAGCGGAGAGCUCCGCCUGCUCAACAACAUCUACGGAUAUGUCAAGCCCGGCCAACUGACAGCCCUCAUGGGUGCUUCUGGUGCUGGAAAGACCACGCUUCUCGAUGUGCUAGCCAACCGCAAGAAUAUUGGUGUCAUCAGCGGUGACAAGCUUGUUGAUGGAAAGGUUCCCGGUAUUGCCUUCCAGCGAGGAACUGCCUACGCUGAACAGCUUGACGUUCACGAGCCUGCUACAACGGUCCGCGAGGCACUCCGCUUCUCUGCUGACUUGCGACAACCGUACGAGACUCCUCAGGCUGAGAAGUACGCCUACGUCGAGGAGGUCAUCGCCUUAUUGGAAAUGGAAGAUAUCGCAGACGCUAUCAUUGGUGAUCCCGAAAGUGGACUUGCUGUCGAACAACGCAAACGUGUCACUAUCGGUGUCGAGCUCGCGGCCAAGCCUGAGCUCCUGCUUUUCUUGGACGAGCCUACCUCCGGUCUCGACUCGCAGAGCGCUUUCAACAUUGUUCGUUUCCUUCGCAAACUUGCCGCCGCCGGUCAAGCCAUCUUGUGCACAAUCCAUCAGCCUAACUCUGCUCUCUUUGAGAACUUCGACCGUCUGUUACUCCUCCAAAGGGGUGGUCAAUGUGUAUACUUCGGUGACAUUGGCAAGGACGCCCACGUUCUCCUAGGGUACUUCCAUCGUCACGGUGCUGACUGUCCACCUGAUGCCAACCCCGCUGAGUGGAUGCUCGAUGCUGUUGGUGCUGGUUCUGCUCCUCGUAUCGGCGACAAGGACUGGGCUGAUGUCUGGCGGGAUUCCGAAGAAUUUGCCGAGGUCAAGCGCCACAUUGUUGAGGUCAAGGAAGAGCGCAUGGCUGCCGUUGGUUCUGCCGAACCAGUUGACCAACAGGAGUACGCUACACCACUGUCUUACCAGAUCAAGCAGGUUAUCAAACGCCAGAAUCUCUCUUUCUGGCGUACUCCUAACUACGGUUUCACUCGUCUCUUCAACCACGUCAUCAUCGCUCUACUCACAGGUCUCAUGUACCUCCAGCUUGACGACUCUCGAGCAUCUCUGCAAUACCGCGUCUUCAUCAUCUUCCAGGUCACCGUUCUGCCUGCCCUGAUUCUCGCUCAGGUCGAACCCAAGUACGCCAUCCAGCGUAUGAUCUCUUUCCGCGAGCAAAUGUCCAAGGCAUACAAGACUUUCCCCUUCGCCUUGUCUAUGGUCGUUGCCGAGAUGCCGUACAGCGUCCUCUGCGCUGUCUGCUUCUUCCUUCCGCUCUACUACAUCCCCGGAUUGAACUCGGACAGCUCCCGCGCUGGAUACCAAUUCUUCAUUGUGCUCAUCACAGAGGUCUUCUCCGUCACUUUGGCUCAGGCGAUUGCUGCACUGACACCAUCUCCAUUCAUCGCUUCCUACGUUAACCCUUUUAUCAUCAUCAUCUUCGCCCUCUUCUGUGGUGUCACGAUCCCUAAGCCCCAGAUUCCCAAGUUUUGGCGCGUGUGGCUCUACGAGCUUAACCCGUUCACCCGCCUCAUUGGUGGCAUGGUUGUCACGGAACUCCACGACCUUUCUGUCCAAUGUACACCCGGCGAGUACAACCAGUUCAACGCCCCACAGGGCCAGGACUGCGGAUCGUACAUGAGUGACUUCUUCUCCAAUGGCGCGCCUGGUUAUAUCCUCGACAAUGCCACCUCCGCCUGCAACUACUGUGCCUACAAGGUCGGCGACGAGUUCUACCAGCCGCUCGGAUACGAGUUCAGCAACAGGUGGAGGGAUCUGGGUAUCUUUGCUGCAUUCAUUGCUAGCAACUUGAUUAUCCUUUUCGUUGCUGCAAAGUACCUCAACUUCAACCGUAGAUAA